AUGCUUCAAAUGCUCCAAGCCAUCUUCAAAAAUCGCGAAAACGCCGUCCGGACAUUUUUCGCCCGGACCGAAUCGGAGGAGCCCGCGCGCGCGUCAGCCGUUUCGGUUCUGCUUCGCCGAGGGCUCCUCACCUGCACUCAAGGAUCCGCAUUAGAUCAGAUCACCGUGAGAUCAGAUCUGAUCUGAUCUGGAUUUUUCUCAUUCUGCCUUGAUUGAUCUGAUCUUGAUCUGAUCUGAGCAGAUCAAUUUGAUCUGAGACAUGAAAUUGCCUAAUUUGGCAAAUAAAGACUUCUUCAUGUCUACAUGUUGAAAUCCUCAUCUUCUUCUCCACAACCUCAUCCUCAUCCUCAUCCUCAUCAUCCUCCAAAGUGAUCACCUUGCUAAGCCGCCGUUUUUUGGAGGAGCUCGGAGCUCCCCGCAGAGUCUAUGACUGGAUUGGGUCGCAUGAUCCCUAUGAGACAGUGUUUGCAAUGAGUCAGCACCUGACACUGCAACGAAGGCCCAUCACUGAUCAGAGGAGGACCACACCCUGUAGUAUUUCUGUGGCGCGGGGCCGACACCCAAUGCGGCGGCGAUGCCAGAUGGCAGAUAGCGCGCUCCUUUCUCUCUCAUGCAGUGA